AUGUCAGGCGGCCAGGGCUCCGCCCGGAGGCCGCAGCGCUCGGGGGGCGGCGGCACGCUGCCCGCCAACGGUUUCACGUACAUUGGCGGUGACACGCGCCCGCAUCAGCCACUCACGCUAAAUAAUGGCGCACCAGCUCAUCAUCUCAACAAUGGCUCUUUGCGCUCAUUACCUGAUAAAAAGAAAAACCGCAACGGCGUCGUCUGCCACCCAGAGAACUUCCAGCGCAACCUCGACACGCGCUACUCGAGGAAGCAGGAGAACGGCUACAUGCGCAACUCUGAGACCAUCAUAGGUUUCCCGCGCAACGAGCGCGAGUACGAGCGCGAGCACAGCGAGUACAGCGAGCCCGAGUACUCCAUCAUCCCGGAGAGCGGGUACGGGCGCCCGCUGGACGAGUACCCGCGCGCCUGCUCGCACUCCAACACCUUCAACUGCUGAGUGCGCACUGAACUAUCUCAAUCGUUUGUGAUCUUGUAAUUCUAGCAAUAAAUCUUCAUUCCAUUAAGUUUUCUAUGGACGGAGUCAGUCGUGACGGACGUAGUGCUCUAGAGCGGUUAGUGACAUUAGAAAUUCGGGUCCGGUGUACGUUCGACCAGUGAGGACUAUCCUGUAUCGUAUUCGUUUUAAAGAGUACCUUAUUUGUAAAUUAUAAAUUUAAGUAGUGAUGGAUCUAUUUUUCAAUGGGAGGUCGGGGCUCGGGGCGUGUGUAAGUGAGACUUCCACACGAGACAACGGUACAAUGUACGGACUAGUCGCAGCAGAGGAGUGGGGGGGCGCCCUCCAAGGUGUACAUCAUAAAACAUUGUGAUUUGUAAUAUUUUCUACCAGUGCGGUGGAUUUUGUAUUUGAUUUUGUACAAAAAACCAUUCCAUAUGAUAUCUUUUUAAUGUCUAAUAUUUUAUUUAUAAAUGAAUAAAGUAAGUGUGCGUUAAAUAAGACACCAAUAUGAAAAAUAUUAGGAUUAAAGAAUGUAAAUAUAUUUAUACUAUAUUGAGAUAUUUAUAAAAUUUAAUACAAUCUUGUUCUUCUAAAAUUAUCAUAAAAUUAUUUCGGGAUAUUGUAUAAUUUGCUAUAAUGACUGAUAUCCUAAUUACGAGAUUUCUUAUGUCUGUCACUACCUACCUAUACUUACCUACUUACACUACCUUUCUAGUCGUGUAAGGACGAACGCACCCAUUAUUUCUAAUAUGAACACUUCGAUCACUUUUAUGCUCAAUCCUAAUAUUGUAUCUAAUAAUUUAUUAAGAUUGAAGUAAACGAAGAAACGAUGUCUUAUUGCUGUCAUUGUUAAUUAAUUCAUUAUUUUGUUACCUAUUUUCUUUAAGUCCAUGCUACGAAUGUCGAGUGAUCUAUUCAGAAAUGUGUUAGGUACUAAAUGCUGAAGGCAUUUACUGAUAGCUUCUCAGUUACUGAUACGAUGCAUACCAAUUAAGUUAGCCAGUAUUAAUUAGUUUAAUUGCAAUCAUGUUUAAGCAUUGCCUCAUUAUCCCGAUUCCUCCAAUUGAGGAAAAUGUUAAGUACCGAAAUGAGAGAUAACGGAGGCUUUAGUAGUUAAACUAAUUUUUACUCAACUACUUACGACUUAUUAAUAAAUUAGGACUGCCAUAAAAUGUUUUGCAAUAUUUACUUUUCUAAAUAGAUCACCGACAUUUACAAUAACGUGCCUGUGACGAAUUCUCGUCGAUGUUACAAUAAUGAAAAUAUGUCUUUGUAUGUAAACUUAUUCUUUUCUUCAUUUUACUCAAAUGUUCUUGCCAUAUUCCAAUAAGACAUAAUGGUAAUAUAGAAUAGGUAUUUGAUACAUUUUUAUUUUGUAGAUAAUAUUUUAAUAUCUCUGUAAUUAAAUUAAAUAAAAUAUAGAUUUAAAAAAAAGCGCGCCAAAUACAUAGCAGCUGUAAAGUCAUGAUAAAAUGUGACGUUUAAGGUUUGAAAUAAGAACAAUCUUUUUUUUUUAAAGAAAAAAAAAGUGUAAUUGAAUCGCUAGAUACCUUCAUAGUGCCAUUUGUGUGUCUUUUUGGAUUAUGGCCGUUUUAUACUCCAGUUUUUAUAUUCCCAAAACGAACAUACUUACCUGAAUUUUGGUGUUAUUGAGUUAUUGUAAAUAUGGAGAAAUUAAAGACUAAGCAAUUUGGGCAUGUGUUAGUGCCUAGUGAAUGCCUAAAAAUGUAUACAAGAAAAAUGAUGAAUACAUAUGAAAACAUUGUGAUUAGAGUACUCACGACAUUGUAAUAGAAAUCAUCAGUCAUUUCUGUACUUUAUUGUAGUUAUUACCUACAUACAAACUCGAUAAAUAUAACAUACCUCAAAUUUAA